UUAAUUGGAUUCUUCCCAUAAAUUAGGCAUUUCUCAACCAAACAUCCAUUCCCGCUCAUUCUUUCUCUCCAACAAUGGCGAUAAUCUCAUCGUCCGCCGGCGACAGAAAAUCCCGACGAAGCCUUAAAUCUUCUCUCCUCUCCCAAAAUCACCACAUUUACCACAAAAAUCACCAUAACCACGAAUUCUCCGAAGGUUUUGCCGGCGCUUCGUUUUCCGGCGCCGUCUUCAAUCUCUCGACAACCAUUGUGGGCGCAGGAAUUAUGGCUCUUCCGGCUACAUUUAAACAACUCGGCCUCAUUCCCGGCAUAACACUAAUUAUCGGUGCCGCUUUCUUGACGGAAUUCUCGAUCGAUAUGAUUCUUAGAUUCAGUAAAGCUUCUAAAUCAUCCACUUAUUCUGCUGCUGCUGGUGAUGCUUUUGGCAUUUUUGGACGUGUAAUUUUGCAGGUUUGCAUCAUCAUCAACAAUCUCGGAAUGCUAGUCGUCUAUUUGAUCAUUAUCGGGGAUGUGCUGGCGGGAACGUGGUCAAAGGGAUCACACCAUAAAGGUCUAAUGGAGGAAUGGUUUGGACAACAAUGGUGGUGGACCUCACGCUCAACUUGGCUUCUUUUAACCACAUUUUUUGUUAUUUCCCCUCUCAUUUCUCUUAAGCGUGUUGAUUCAUUGAGGUAUACUUCAGCCUUGUCAGUGGGUUUGGCUAUUGUUUUUGUUGCAAUAACAGCAGGAGUGACUAUUGUAAAGUUGUUAGAAGGAACCACAAAAAUACCUUCAUUGUUUCCCGAACUAGUGGACCAAGCAUCAUUCUGGAAGCUCUUUACAACUAUCCCAAUUCUAGUUACUGCAUAUAUUUGCCACCACAAUGUUCAUCCUAUUGAGAACGAGCUUACAGACCAGUCCCAGAUGAAGUCUAUUGUUAAGACAUCACUCACAUUGUGCUCCUCUGUUUAUGUUGCCACAAGCUUUUUUGGGUUCCUUUUGUUCGGCGAACAGACAUUGGACGAUGUACUUGCGAACUUUGAUGGUGACCUUGGGGUUCCAUAUAGCUCAUUACUGGAUGAUGUGGUUCGAGUUAGUUAUGGUAUCCACUUGAUGCUUGUUUUUCCUAUUGUUUUCUACUCCCUUCGCCUCAAUGUGGAUGGCCUGCUCUUUUCACAUGCCAUACCUUUAGCAUAUGAUAACAAGAGAUUCUACUCAGUGACUGCAUUCCUUAUGUGUUUAAUAUUUCUUGGGGCCAACUUUGUACCUAGCAUUUGGGAUGCAUUUCAGUUCACUGGUGCUACUGCUACUAUGUCUGUUGGAUACAUAUUUCCGGCUGCAAUUGCACUGAGGGACAAGCACUCCAUUGCAACAAGAAAAGAUCGACUAAUAUCUUGGAUAAUGAUUCCAUUAGCAGUGUUAUCUAGUACAGUAGCUAUUCUAAGUGACCUAUAUAGCUUUUACGCUACCGACAAUGGACCUGAAAUGUGAGUACUGCGGAGUCCUUUGUAUCUAGGUGCACAUCAUACGCAGUUUGCACUGUGUCCUUAAUCCAUACACGAGUUUGGAAAGAAAUCUUUCUUCUGUUAGAUAAUACCGACAUUGGGAAUAUGGCGCCACCAAUUAGUACAAGAGGAGGCUGUAUAUGUUGGUGAAUGACGCGGUGGUGCCUAUCUAUUUAUAUGCAAAGUGGUUGGUUUAGUGCAGCUUAUAGUGUACAUACGCAACUGACAUAAAAGGAUUACUUACUGCCCCAUUCCCUUAUAUAAUGCCAUUAAAAUUUUUGUUUCAAAGGAUUAGAAAUUUAAUCUUUGGAACUAGAUUAUUUAAUUUGUUACUUGUUCUAAUUAUAUUUCUCAGAUAUCUUAUUGUGGCUUUUUUCUGCUGCCUUUUCCUCAAUGUGAUGGUGUAUAUGUAAAUUGAUAUCGGCAAUGUUGAAAUAGUCUAUCUAAUUGCGCCAAAGGGCCAAUGACAUGUCCUAUCUCUAAAUAAGUAGAAGUACUCCUUCUUAGAAUUAUACUUCAACAAUAAUACCCAAAAAUACAUGUAAAUCUAAGAAACAAUGUAUGUGAAUAUCUUAAAGAACAUAUCUUGUGCACCAUCCUUGGUAGCGAAGUUUGUUGUUGGAAAACCUCUUGAUCAGGGAUGUAAGUUAGACCUUCAAAAUGUAAU